CCAGUACCACCUCAUCGUGGUCGCCGCGUGAACACUCCGCUCUUCUGGAGUGGCCAAGGGUACUGGUUGCUUGCCGCUGAUGAAUGAGCAGCCGGCAAGUGUAAAAGGAACUCAAAAGGGUUAUGUCCAGCCCCCCCCCCCUUGUGGGGCCCCGGGGCAACGGUUAGUAAGAGACUCACGGGUUCUCCGAAAAGCGGAUAGCGCUGGACACCAACUCGAAGGUAGGUCGGGUUCUCCUAGGACUCGGCUGAUUCGCGGGUCUCUCUUUGGGCAACGACUGGACUGACUGGCGCGGGCUGCGUCGGGCGGACCGGUUGGCGUCCACGAGCUAGGCUCUAUCUAGCCCGUUCCCUGGCGCGCUAGUGGAGGAAUCCGCCGCGACCAAUGGCAACUCUGACAGUGGGAAUGUCGAGAAACGCGCGCCGCCCCACUCCUGCCUUGCAGGAAACUUAUAUGCCAAACUGUGGCGGUGAUUGCUUGGGCAGGUCUUUGCCUUGCCCUUAGUGGCGACACAAGUAUAGGCCAUGCACGCUGCUGCAUUAGAGCAGUAACUAAGGCCGCCAAUGGCCUUAACCAUACAACUAUGAUAGGCACAGACACAGAAAAAAGCGGGCACGAGCAGACCCGAACAGGCUCCGUGCGCCGGGUAGUGGGCGUCAGGCCUGGACACGAAAAGUCAGCUACUAGUCGCCCCGCAACCUCGAUGAGGGGGAAUUUGUCAGGUCGUGAAAAGUUAGCUAAAAUUCCUCCACCAAAACCCUCUUCUUAACGAACACUGCAUUCGUACCUCCUUCGGAGGUCCGAUUCGUACAAGGUUGAUGGAAGUCUGCCACAACCUCCUGCCGACCUAGAUACACGGCAGGCAAAUAUGACUGGAAGCGAAAUAGUGACGGGAGCCUCCGGCCCCCAAACAACCCAAACUGACACUAGUGGGACUCAACCCACUCCAGGGACUAAGCCCAUAAACACUAGGUCCCUCCUGAUCUUACAAAUUAACAUCUGUGGGGUAAUAUCCAAGGUGUUAGAGCUCUCAAAACUCCUCCACGAGAGGGCAAUAGACGUGGCUUUACUACAAGAGACAUUAACUGGCAAACGCAAUGCCAGUAUCACCGGUUAUACUGCAUUUAAGUGCAAAUGCACAGACUGCCGGGGGCUUAUUACUUAUGUACGCAAGAACGUGGUUGCUACACAAGUCCCCGGUCCACGAGUGCAUGGUCGUACCGACGCCAUCACCCUUGAAGUACAUAAACUCGGUCGUAAACUCACGGUAACUAAUCUGUACAACCCCCCCCCCCAAGCACGAAAUUAGUCUCGAAUAUGACUGUACUAAUAUCAAUACUCACAACGUCAUCGCAGGAGACUUUAACGCUAAGUCUCAACAGUGGGGCUAUGAUUCAACCGACUGUCGGGACAUAAAAUUCACGAAUUCCUAAAUAACUCUAAUUUGUUCUGUCUGCAAAAUAAACAUAUUCCCCAACUCUAUACCAUACCGGAAAAUGCAGCCAAUCUAGACCAGACCUUACUCUAAUUACAGCUAAUUUAGAAUCUCAUAUUCAGUUUCAAGUCUUAGACGACAUUGGAAGUUACCAUAGACCCAUACUAGUCACAAUUGCCCUCAGAGGCCAGUGGUGUAACCCCAAAAGCUCCGCGUAGGUGGAGUUACACCAAGGCGAACUGGCCAGCCUACAAGGCAGCAGUCGACACUGCCCUUAUGAAUCUAGCAGUGGAGGAUAGGGACGUUGACAUCAUAUACGGCGAAAUAACAGCAGCUAUGUUGGGUGCGGCUAAGAGGUUUGUCCCGCGGACUUAUUCUGGCGUAAGGCAGAAACGCGUGUGGUCUCAGGAAUUGAAUAAGCUGGUCCUGAGACGUAAGCGAGCACGGAGGCUUGCUGAACGGAAGGGUACCCCUGAAAUCCGGCGGGAGUACAAUCGGCUUUGCAGAGCCACGAGUGAACUGACUGGCCCGACGCGUCCGGUCGGACCACUGGAACGCUGCCUACGCCGGGAUGGAUCUUCGGGACUCCUCGAAAGCCUGGCGUCUUCUGCGAAACCUAGAGGCCAAAGACACAGCGCGAACGGCUGCCCCUCUAUUGUCACCCAGAGGGCCGGUCUCUACGGUAACCAAAAUGGCCGGCUUGUUGAAUCGACAUUUUGCUAAAAUCAGCAAGCCCGAAAAGAAGUCUGCCAUGCCCAAGGCCCUCAACAAAGAACGUAAGAAGCUCGAGAGGGAAACAGAUGAGCCGGAAAGCCAAGCAACGUGCAACGCGCCCUUCUGUCGUGCUGAGCUGGACAGAGCGAUAGCUAAGUGCAAAAACCGAAAAGCUCCGGGGCCAGACAAGGUUACCCCCGAGAUGGUAAAACACCUUGGGGGCAUUGCGAGAGGUAAACUCCUGGAGUUUAUGAAUCGAACCUGGGCAGAGUCCAGACUGCCCGGGGCCUGGAGGAGUGCUGUCAUUGUGCCAGUCCUUAAGAAGGGAAAAGACGCGACUAACGUGGAGUCCUAUAGACCCAUUUCACUAACCUCAACUCUUGGCAAAGUUGCUGGGCGAAUGGUUAACGAGCGGAUAGUUUGGUCCUUUGAGAGUGCCGGUAACCUGGCGCCAGAGCAGGCCGGAUUUAGGGCAGUCUUGAGCCCGAUCGACCAGGUCACAACAUUUGCACAGGAGGUGGCCGACGGGUUCCAGAGGUCCGAGAGAACAUACGCAGUGUUCAUAGACCUAAAACAGGCUUACGACCGUGUGUGGAAGCAAGGCCUCCAGGGGCGGACUGGCUAUAUGGGCAAACGGGCAAAUGCCCGGUGGGCCGGUACCAAAUGGGCCGGUCUGGUCGCGACCAAAGAAAAAAAAAUUAAAUGCAGACAACUUAAACAAUUAAUUUUGUUUGAAAUUCAACAAGAACAAAAUUUAAGAAUUACACUAUACACUGUACGUGUUAUCAUUUGUAAAACGUUAGACCGUACUUUCUGCUAUGCACGAGCGGCAUGACCUUCAACACUACUUUGAUGUCUUCAAGACUGUUUGGCCUGAUCAUUUUGCUGGUCGGCAUGGGCCUUUGAUGGCACUCCUAUUUUUGUUUUACUCCUUCCCUCACCCGUUUUUUUUUAUGGUUCCAUUGAAAGUUAACGAAAAAGAGGGAUGGGAGAGGUUAAGUUAGAAAACAUUGAUAUAAUUCGUCAAAAGGGGAGACAAUUAGCUCGUUAACAAAACUUAAUAGAAGUUAACUUAAACACAUACACACAGCCGCGAAAUAGCAAACCACUCAACUUAUUCAUAGCUCAAUAUGGGUAUAACCGUAUAAAGUUUCUAGUUUUUGCGAUUUGAAAAGAAAAAAGUACGUUUCUUGUUUAUUUGUAAUAACAUAGAUCUAAAAAUACUACACUUAAGGCUUACGAAAAAAAAAUAUUUUAAUUAAAACAUAAAUCUAGAUCGAAACCGGUAUUCUCCCAUAUUCUUAUCUUAUAUAAUACAGACGUUACUUCAAAAAAGAAAAAUAUGUACCGUUAUGAUUAUAUAAUUAAUGGCAAACUUAUGCUUAGUAUGAAGUCAUUGAUGAUGAAAAUUAUUACAAUAAUUUAUAUAGCGCUGUCACAUCCGAUAUUUAAUGAAAGAUUUAGAAUCAUUUAUAUUUUAAAUAAUAUAUUCAUAUACAAAUCGCGUUUUUGAGAAUGUACUAGGACGAAGCAAGAGCUUUUCACAUUUAGAAGUACCUCUCUAAUCGUUCUGCUUUCUCUUAUCUUGUAAAGGAAUAUAUAUAGUUCGCCCAUCGUAGUUCGAUUAUGACCACUUUGUCAUCCAGGGGGCUGAGGACCUUGCACUGGGGUUUUAUGUCUCCUCGUGUGGCUGGUAAGACCUAUGUGAGCCCGGAAUGUUCGGCUGCACACUAGGCAGGUUAUUCCAGCUGGAGCUAGUGUCAUUGGCGUUGCUUUUCUUCUCUGGCGUUUUUCUUCUACCAUCUUUGUUCUCUUUUCCUCAGCAACCUGUGCGCCGGUUUUCACAGUGUCAUGUGCCUCUGUCUGCCAGGUGGCUGGGUCUAUGCUGAACCCCUUCAGAGAAGCUUUGAGAGUGUCCCUGAAACGCUUUCUUUGACCACCUUGCGAGCGCUUUCCUUCGCUUAGUUGGCCAUACAAGAGUCGUUUAGGGAUGCGGUGGUCUUCCAUUCUGUAGACGUGACCUGCCCAUCGCAGCUAGGACUGCAUCAGGAUUGUGUGGAUGCUUUGCAGACACGCUCUUCGAAGGACUUCAGUAUCUGGUAUUUUGUCUUGCCAUUUGACAUUCAGUAUUUUUCACAGACAUGUCGUGGUAGUGAUUCAGUUUCUUUGCAUGUUAACUGUACACUAUCCAUGUUUCUGAGCCAUAGAGCAAUGUAGGGACGACGACGGCUCGAUAGACCCCUAGUUUUGUAUUUGUGGUGAUACCACUUUAAAAGAAUGGGUUGCCUGAGUCAGCCAGGAAAAUCAAUGACUUAGCAUAUUUUAAGUCACAGAUCAACAUGCAUGACUAGAUUGACACAUGAAAUGCGUAGGACCUAAUUAUUUUUAUUUUUUUGAAGAAACGUCUGUAAUCUAUAAGUAAUAUCAAAAAGUUUGAAACUCAUUAAGGCUGCUAUUGUAGUGCUUAUAGUUUUCAGACUACAUACAUGUAUAAAUAGAAUACAUUAUGUAAGCCUACGAAAGCAUACAUCCAGUUUUCGAUGCGUUAUCAAACUUUAUAUAUUUUAAAUAGAAUUAGGCUUACACCUAUGUUAAAACACAUGGGCGUAGCCGAGAGGGGAGGAGUUCAAACCAUCACCGGCCUCAGAUCUCAUUGUCUGAAAGGGAAACUUUACUUACUUCCCCAUUGCAGUCAACUUAAGCAAACUACAGUCACCAAAUUUCAUGAGCGUAGCCAAAAGGGGUUUUGUGGUUCACCCCCCACCUACAAUACAAAAACUAAAUCAUUUUACCUUUUUCAACCAGUCGCUGGACUCCACUGAAUAGAAGAUUUAGUUUUUGAUUUUUUUAGCGGAAGAAUAGCAGGCUAAUUGCACUGUAGAUACCUCAAAAUAUGCAUUUUUUAAAACUUAAAAUAACGUAAAUAAUGCUUGGAUCCGGGGCUUCGCCUCGGACCCCACUGGGGGAGCUUAUAGCGCUCCCCCAGACUCCCUAGCUGUCCCUUGGCGGUAUAUACUGCCUUUCACUAAUUAUAGGGAGUAUUCUAGGGUAGAAAAAACGUUUGAAAUAAUGAAAGAUAAGAAUGUAAUGAAGAUUAAUUACAUAUACACAGACACUAAUAUAUAUAUUAAUUUGGGAGAGGUUUAAAAUCCCCCCCCCCCACACACACACCGAAAAUAUAUGACAUGACAUUUGUGGGCCGGUUUAUAUGGUAAUGCCCGGGCCGGUUUUGAUACCCAGUCUGCCCUUGAAGGCCUCUAUCUUAAGCUAAGAGCUAUGGGUGUGCGGGGCAAGAUAUACAAUUGGAUACAAUCUUUUCUGUCUGGGAGGAGCACACGUACAAAAUACCAGCACUCCCUUAGCAAGCCAAAACAACAACUCAAUUGCCUGCCUCAGGGCUCCGCCCUGUCCUGUACACUUUUCAUAGCCUUUCUUAAUAAUUUGCCCAGCUCACUACGAUCCAAAAAACUGCUAUAUGCUGAUGAUAUUGUCCUCUGGUCAACCGGGAAGAAAGCCGACCAAAUUCAGGCGGCACUUCAAGCAGACCUCCAUACCAUCUCCUCGUAUUGCGAGGAGAUUCAGAUAAACGUUGCCAAAACAACCUGGUCCCUGUUCAGCCUAGGGAUCGACAUUCUUUAGGCUCCAUUCGAGCUUCAACUCGGUGGGCUGCGACUCCAACGUGAAAAUACGCCAAAAUAUCUAGGGGUGACCCUGGAUAGAAAACUGUCAAUGCUCCAGCACGUCCAGAAUAUUGAACGAAAAGCCUCGGAGAAGUUAGCGUUACUAAGAAAGCUGGCCAGCACAAAGUGGGGUGCCAAAGCUGACAUGCUACGCACAUUGUACUUAGGGGCAGUCAGAUCACAAAUAGAGUACAGCUAUACAGUUCAAGAUUACGCUAGUAAAACUGCCCUCGAAUCACUCGACCGAGUACAAGCACAGGCCCUACGGUUCAUUUGUGGCACCUUUAGGACAAGCCCAACAAACGCUGCUGAAAUCUUAACAAACGUGGCACCCUUACAUCUUAGGAGGGAGAGGGCAGUACUUACGGCCUACGAGCGCUACAAAAGGGGCGACUCUAGGCUACCCACCUCAAUUUUAGUGCGACAGUGGAGAGAGAGGAACCACAUCAAAAUGCGAUCGUUCCUCCAUAUUGCGGCCAAUUUGUCUAAAUCAGCUGGGCUCUCCACUGAUAGAAUCCCUAUUAGGAGAAUUAGUACGUGCCCUCCGUGGAGGAGAUUUCCGGCCCCACAAAUAAACCUGUCCCUGAUAGGGCAAGAGGGAGCCACCAAGAGGCGAUUAACACCUGCCAUUCUUCAAAACUUGGCAUCCAUAACCAUAAAAUCCUACCCAUCAGAUGCCAUUUUCUGCUAUACCGAUGGGUCGGUACUGAGGGACCCCGACAGAUCGGGGUAUGGGGCCCUUAUCGUCUACCCCAACCAGAUUGAACCAGAUAGGCUCUCUGGUCCAUGCGGCUAUGCCGAACUCACAGGGAUAACUAGGGCGUUCGAGGCCAUUAGGGCCCGAAUGCUCCAACGCGAGACUAGUACCACUACGGUGGUGCUGGUCACUGACUCUCGCUCCAGUCUCCAAGCUAUGGGUGGCGGCGGGGGAGGGUUGCCCGUAAUAGAAGAGGCAAUCGGCGCCGCAGAUAACAUCCGCCGAGCUAUUGGAGCUGUCGUUUUCAUUCAGUGGGGGCCUUUACAUUGCGGCGUGAAGGGCAAUGAAACGGCAGACGCCCUCGCAAGGGAGGGUGCUAUGGCAGCCACACACCUCGAAGCACCAAGCACGUACUUACAAGCAACGGCACAAAUCCGAGCACUCAUUCGUGAGAAGUGGUUAAACCGCAUGCGUCACCCAGAUCGCGACGAUCCAUGGUGGCGACUGAGGAGGUCAGAGCAGUCAAUAUUUGCGCAGUGCAGGACGGAACAUUGUCCUAUUUGGGCAUACUUUGCCCGGUUCCGCACUAACUUUGACUCCCGAUGCCGUCACUGUGGAGAGAGCGUCGAAACAGUGUCGCAUGUCUUGUACGAGUGUCCCCAGCUCCGCGAGCUAAGGGGGGACUUGCCUGUGCAGUCACUCGACUUGUAUGGUAGCUAUGAGGCACUACGCCGGACGGCUAAGUUUCUUGCCAGAGCACUACGGGAGGACUAGUCCUUCCUGCUCUGAUGUUUCAAUAGGAGUUCAUCUCAGGUUUCAGCGGAUAGUGGCAAAUGUUUGAUUUUUUUUUUCAAGAUUUCUGGUUUGUUUUUGAAAUCUCGAAACAGUUCUUCAGAUGUACGUAGGAAGCAGUCUAUGACAUACUAAUCAUCUGUAAAUGGUAUGCGUUUUUGUGCAAUUUCUAGUGGUGCCGCAAAGCUUGCCAGAAAAGCAUUACUUGAAGUUUGCUUCUAAUUUUGAGAAGAUAAUUAUCUUGUAACUCAUUUACUGGAAACAACAAACUAUACGUCACAGUCAAAGCACGUGAUUAAGAUGCCAAUUCGUCUUGCGUCAAAGCGAAUUAAAACCUACAUAGAAACAUCCAACGACGGUCAAGAGCUUCCGACGGACUGACAACAGUGACGACGUGUGUAAUGGGAGAGGGGUGUGGUGAAAAGCGAGUACAAGUGGCUGAAAGAUCGAAUAGGCACCUCAUUUUCGUUAAAAGAUUCAGAACUAUUUUUUUUUAAGUUUUGAUUUAAAAAAUAUUUGCGUAUGUAUUAUGGUUCGCGAUCCGCAUAUGGUUCGUGAUCCGCAGGUUGCCGACCCCGGGGGUUAGGGUUUGGUGUACUAUUAGCUCAUUAAUUAAGGAUUUUUUUUUAUUGCUUGUUAAAAAAGCCCCUUGAUAGUGCCUCAUGUCACCUAUUCGGAAUCGCAAGAUGAUUGCUUGGUACAGACUUAGAGUGUGAAAUAAACUCAAUUAUUGCGAACGUGUAGCUGUAAAAAUGUUUUUAAAACACAAGAUUCAUAGGCGUAGUGAGGGAGUCAAGGUGGCAUCAUGCCCAGGGUGCCACUCAGAGGAGCGCCAAAAGAUUUUCAAGACAAAUAGGCCUAUGAUUUGCUGGAAAUUUUUUAUUUAAAAAAAUCAACUUCGUAUCGUCUUGCAUUUUAGGUAGGUUAUUGCAUUGUAAUGAAACAACUCUACUAAAAUUACCAAUAUCUUGGCUUUAUUCAACAAUAUAACAUUGAACAAGCACAAAAAUGUCACACAUGUCUGAUUGUUUAAAGUACUAUGAACACAAUAUGUACAUGACCUUCUGACACGCGCACACGCAGAAAAUAAACAACUCGGUUACACUACAUCCAUCAUUAAGGUCAUUGUGUUAGGAUAGUAGCCUAUACACAGGGCCGGUCUUAGGCCACUGCAACCUAUACGGCCGUAGUGGGCCCCGCGCGAAUUCUAGAUGUAAAGUAUUAAAUUAAACCAUUUUAACUUAUUAUUAAAAGGGUUCCUGGAAUUCUGAAAUUGCAAAAUAUACGAAAAAGUCAUGAAAAUCUGAAAUUAUUAAAAUCUGAAAACUCAUGCAAAUCUUCUUUUAAAAAAUACAUUGUUACAGUCGUAGCGCAUCACGGUGUGCAUGAAUAAUGGUGCGAAUUUGUGUAAUGGAUGGAAGGGAUGUGUAAAAGAGGAAGCCGGGAGAAAUUGACAGGAAGAGAAAUGAAAUAAAUAAUUGAACCACUAACAAAUCUAACAAAGAAAGGACGGAAGAAUGUCAAGAAGCACUGGACAUAAUUAAAACUUUCUUUUCUGGAGCACCGAUUUUGAAAUUACCUGACAAUACUAAAGAAUUUAUUUUGGCUACAGAUGCAUCAACCAUUGCAAUAGGAGGCUGUCUAAUGCAAAAAUGGAAUGGUGUCCCACAUCCUGUUUUAUAUGCUAUCAGGGGCGGACUGGAUGUCAAAAUCGGCCAAGGCAUUUCUAUACCAUCCGGCCCACACAUUGUAUAUCAUAUGACGGGCAUCCGAUUAUAGGUCUAUCUUUCCUCAAAAUCAUUAGUCUACAGAAAAAGGUGCAUGUUGAGUCUAUACCUGCAGAUGUUUAAAGGCCAGACUUUUAACCUUCUCUCAUUUUCAUCAGAUAUUUAUUGCCAAAUUUCAUCAGGAUCCUAUAACACUAUGACCUGAGGGAAAAAAAAGAUUAAUUGCACUCUGUGCUGCAAACUGCCUAUGGGUCACCAGCUCCUGAUUUUUCCUCAGGGAGGACUCCCAAUUCUCAUGUUGGAGUAUGGUUGCAAGGCAGCAGAAGUUUGGUAGCUGGUCAAAGCCCUCCUGCAUGAAGCUUACAGGUAUAAGUUACUCAUGUUAAUGAUAAUAGUUCUGUUGGACCCAAUAUCUAAGCUACACAUGAAGGCCAGGAGUUGGGCUGCUAUUAGAGAAGCAUGCCAUUAAGAAGCAUUUUAUAUUCUUUACCAGUGACAUGAAAAUGAAUUGAUAUUAAAUAAAAUAAGGAAUUACAGAAUUACAAAAAAUGAAGACAGAAUAAAAAAAUUUCCCUGAUUUAAGCAGAAUGCAAUGAUUAAAAUUAGAACAAGAAUUACUAACAAUGUUUUUUUUAGAAAUAACAGUGUUCAACAGAAGUGUCAGUCUUUAAUUUGUGUCAUUUUUCAACUAGCAUUUGAGCUCAAAUAAAAACAUAGAUCAUCAUUUACAAAAGAUCCUUUUUAAAAAAAAAUUUGGUAGUACAUUUGACAUUGAACAUUUUGAUUAAUAACAAACAGAUUUCACUCAUGUAUUUCGACAGUCAGCCAAGACUGUUGUCCAGGGUGUGGCACGAGGAGCCAUACAUGAGCUAGGUAGAUGGGAAUUUUAAGCUUUUGACUAUUCUAAAGAAUAUUGUUGUCAAGUUACCUUUAAGGUUUCUGACUAUUCUAAAGAAUAUGGCUGUCAAUUCACUUUUCCCAUCACCCUACACCCCAUGUCACAAACAGUCUGUCUCCCUAAAUGUUGCAAAUGAUGUCAGGUCAAUAUGCGUCAUGGAGGUCAACAUGCACUAAGUCACCAACAAAACUUUGGAGACAUCCACAAACAUUAACAGAACAAGUUGUAGA